AUGUAACCAUAUUUCUUUCAGGGUGACCAAUAAUUUGCAUAUCAACUAGAUUCAGAUAUUCAAAGUAAAGAAUUUAGAAAUUUCUAAAGAAUACAUUCCAUAUUAGAAUCAUAAUGAAUAUGCUUAUCUGUCCUAGUUCUCUUAUCCUCAUUCAUUUCCUGGAUACUCUAUUGAUUGCUUUCCUGAUAAUGAAGUCAUACAAUAACAUAAAUACAAAAAAAAUAAGAAGAUUAAGUAAAUAUUCAAUCAUUAUAUUAAGAAAUACUGAUUCUCUAGGAUUACUUCCAAAAACUCUUGAAUUCGCAAAACAACAGAUCCAAGAAUCUGCUCCUCCUUCUCAAAUUUAAAAAGAUCAAAUGUACUAUAUAGUAUUACUAAUACAUAGUCCCAAAUAACUUACUCCUUAUUCUAUUUUUAAUUGUUUAUAAGGAGCUCCAAUGCCUAAAUUAUAAUCUGACAUCAUUUCAAAUUAAGAACCUUAAGGAUCUUAAGAAGGAUCCUAAUAAACUUAAAAAUAAAAAGGAUAAAAUCAAUUGACUAAGAAACCAAAAAAAGAACACAUUAACACUGGACAUUGGUCUACAGAAGAACAUACAACUUACAUAGGCUUUCUCUAAUAAUAUGAAAGUAUUAUGACUUCUUCUAUGAUGAAAAAAACCUCUAAAAUAUUCAAAUAAAUGAGUGAACUUAUUGGAACGAGAACUCCUAGUCAAUGUAGAAGUCAUCAUUAAAAAUUUAAUCCUUAUGCUUUGAGGGGAGAAAAUGGAAAGCGUUUACCUAGAAGUGAAAGAAGUAGAGCUGGAAGAAAGAAGAAGAAUCCAUCUUGUGAUAUUCCAAAGGCAGGUAAAAUAUAAUUUAUUAAUAUAAUAGAGGAAGUCAAUAUUCAAUAACAUCAUUUUGAUUAAGAAUAAUUAAUGAUGAUGUAUGAUAAACAUUUACUUCAUCAUAUACCUUAUGAAUAAUGGAAUCCAUAUUAUGAUAUGCAUUAACAUAUAAAAAAAGAAGAUGAUAAAGACUAAGAUCAAUAAAAUAGUUAAUAAAUUCAAAUAUAAAUAAAUAAUUAAUAAGAUUAUGAAGAAUUUGUUAGACUAAAUUGUCGAGGGCAUUAAAUGAAUAUAGAUUUCAUAGAAUGCCAUAAUUCUAUUAUCAAUGAAUAUUGA